AUGACAACGCCUAAAGCGGAAACCGAUGCAGGCCAUAUGUCGACCGAUUCAACCAACAACUCUGACACUCAUCAUGAAACACACGAUGAUCUCGCAACUAUCGAUAACGAGACCGAGUUCUUUUAUUUGGAAGGCUGGCAAUUGUGGGCUAUUAUGUGCACUCUCUAUUUGAACACUCUACUCGCAGCAUUGGACGUUGGUAUCGUCGCUACAGCAAUUCCUGCAAUCACGGAUGACUUCCAUCAACUGAAUUAUGUUGGAUGGUAUGGAGGUGCCAUUUUCCUCACUCUAAGUACCACCGCGCCAGUUUGGGGAAAAUUGUACAAAUACGUCUCAGCCAGAUGGGUUUAUUUUGCCUCCAUCCUUAUCUUCUUGGUUGGGAGCAUUAUAGCGGCAACUGCGAAGAGUAGUAUCCCCUUGAUCGUCGCCCGUGCCCUUCAGGGCUUGGGAUGCUCCGGUAGCAUAGGUGGUUCUGUUCUCAUGAUCAACUAUGUGGCACAUCCCUCGAAACAACCAAUGUUCAUUGGUCUCUGGGCAACUGUUUAUAUGAUCUCAACUAUUAUCGGUCCUCUCAUUGGCGGCGCUUUCACCUCUCAUGUAUCAUGGCGGUGGUGCUUCUGGAUCAACCUACCAGUCGGAGGUCCUGUUCUUGUUGCAGUGUUCCUCUUCUUCCACGUGCCAAAGCACGUCAAGUACCCUAAGGCCACCUGGACAGAGAUAUUACUACAGCUGGAUCUCCCAGGUUUUACCUUGAUAUUCACGUCGCUAGUAUGCUUCUUCUUAGCCUUGCAAUGGGGUGGCCAGACUAAGUCGUGGAGUGACGGGAGUGUCAUCGCUACAUUGGUCCUGUGGGUUGUCUUGACAAUUAGUUUCUUUGUUGUCGAGCAUUUCCAAGGCGAACGUGCUAUGAUACCCUUGAGAUUAUUGAAAACACGCUUGCAAUGGACCAACACAUUGUACGCUCUGGUGGUUAACUGCGCAGAAUUUCAGGUUCUAUUUUAUCUGCCCAUUUAUUUCCAAUCGGUUCACAACCAGUCGGCUAUUGCGAGCGGUGUCAAUACCCUUCCAUUUAUUGCCUUUUUUGCUUUAGGGUCCAUGAUGAGUGGUGGUAUCAUAGGAAAAACACGUAUCUUUCAACCUUUCUUGUUGGUAGGUGGAUUGCUUGCCACUAUUGGCGCAGCUUUACUCUAUACUGUCGAUCUCGACUCUUCCAAGGCUCGAUAUCUUGGUCCCCAGGUUAUUUUUGGGUUUGGCAUUGGUCUUGGUUGUCAAGUUCCAUUGAUGGUGCUCCAAAGUUUCUCUGCCCCUGAAGAUAUCGCCUCGGUCACGAGUAUCAUCGUUAUGAUGAAUUCCAUUAGUGGUGGAUAUUUUGUUACAGCAGCUCAAUCUCUCUUCGCCAACCGCCUCUUAGUCUCACUUGCUACCAAUGCGCCAAGUAUUAGUGCAGGUCUUGUUCUGUCCACUGGUGCAACGGAGCUUCGCAGUGUCUUCAGUGGCGCAGAUUUACUGGCUAUACUUACUUCCUACAUGGUUGGAAUCAAGGAUGUAUUCGCUUGGUCUCUAGCUGGUGCAGCAUUCACUGCUGUCUUGGCUCUUGUGGUCCCUUUUAAGAAGAUGCCUCCCGUAGAUGACGCUGCUACUCAAGAAAAGAGUCUAGAUGAAAAGGCAGUGGCUGUCUAG